CCAGGCCCGGGGCGCGGCUUUGCACUAUAAAGGACCGGCCGGGUGUCAGGCAGGCAGGCAGGCAGACAGAGAGAGGGACAGACAGAGAGAGACCGCCAGACGUUCCGUGCGGCCCGAUGGACGUGCCCGUGUCUCUCCAGCCGUCGUGGCUGCGCCGCCCGCUCGGCGCCCCGGGCCCGGCCGUCCCCUCCCGCCUCUUCGACCAGCGUUUCGGGGAGGGGCUGCUGGAGGCCGAGCUGGCGGCCCUGGGCGUCCCCGGGCUGGGCCCCACCAUCCUGCGGGCCCCCAGCGUGGCGCUGCGCCCCGAACCCGGCCCCACCGAGGGCCACUUCUCCGUGCUGCUGGACGUCAAACACUUCUCCCCGGAGGAGAUCAGCGUCAAGGUGGCCGACGGGCACGUGGAGGUGCACGCGCGGCACGAGGAGCGCCAGGACGAACACGGCUUCAUCAGGCGGGAGUUUCACCGCCGCUAUCGUCUGCCCCCCGGCGUGGACGGCACGCGUGUGACUUCGGCCCUCUCCCCGGAAGGGAUCCUGGCCAUCGAGGGGGCCCCUAGCCCCAGCCCCCAGGGGACCACUAGCCCCAGCCCCCAAGGGACCACCCCCGCUCCCCCCUAGGGGGUUUGGGCCGGGCUGCCCCUCGCCCUCUGGGCAGCCGGCGGGGAAGGGGGGGGUGUUCUGACCCAGCCCCCACACCCCCUCCCCCGUUUGGGGUUCCGCGAGCUGUCCCCGCCCCCCGCCGCCAGGCGAUCUGUCCCGUAGGACUCCCAAUAAAGCGUUGAGCAGA